CUACGGCCUCUCCCACCAAAUGUCGAUAAGGUCGCGCGAGCGACUACAGCAGAAACAGCAGGAAUAUGAGCACAAGGAGUCGCUGAUCCGGCAGGCCAAGGCGGAGUGGGCAAAGAUACAUCCUUCAGAACAGCCGAAACCAGCGUCUGGUGCGAAAGCAGACCCCAAUGACCCCAACGCCGAUCUGAACACGCUCCUCGGAAUCACGGAUGAGAAAUGAGCUGCGAGAUGCUUUCUUUUGUUUGGCAUGUGUCUGGGUGAAUAUAGCGGCCUAGCAACGGGGAAUCGCGAGGAUGAUGUAAACGCAGAGGGCCAGAGUGCGAGACGUCACCUCUUGUAUUCUUGUACCUUAUGUACAAUAUAGACUCUGGUGUGGUUCGAAUAGUACAUGCUUACUCGGAAGAUCCAGUGGGUUUGAUGUGAGUUGUAUAUUCUAUACACGCGCUGCAUCUCUCAUCGCACAUAUGGUACACCCAUUACCCUCCUCGAU